AUGAAACGUUUUAUCGUGAUCUUUGCCAUCACAGUAGUAACGUUAGCCUGUUCUUUUUUGUUCUCUGUCCCUCCAGAGCUCCCACAGCAACAUGUCUGUAAGGAGGAGGAGGUUCUGGCUGGUCUGGACCAGGAGGACCCACAGCCUCCACAGGUUAAAGAGGAACAGGAGGAACUCUGGACCAGUCAGGAGGGAGAGCAGCUUGUAGUGAAGCAGGAGACUGACACCUUUAUGUUGAGUCCUACUCAUGAGGAAAGUGACCACAGUGAAGCAGAACUGAAAAGUGACCACCAGCUCCUCUCUCACAGCUGUCAUGUAGCUGAGAGCCAAGAUCAGAAAGGAGGCGAGCAUGAAGACUCAGGAUCAACUAGAGAUGCAGAUCCAAAACAGAAUCAAGAUCACAACAGGAGGAGCCCCAGAAACAAUGUACACAAGUCUACCAUGUCAGAGGUUCACCAUGAUCCUCACACAGGUAAAAACUCUUUCACAUGUGACACAUGUGGAAAAGGUUUCCAGUAUAAGUCAGAAUUACAGAAACACCUGAGAACCCACACAGGUGAGAAGCCGUACCUUUGCAAUACGUGUGGGAAAAGAUUCCAUGAAACUUCAGCAUUUAAAACACAUUUGAGAACCCACACAGGUGAGAAGCCAUUUUCUUGUGAAACAUGUGGGAAAUCAUUUAGCCAGAGGGUUCACUUAAAAGUGCACACGAGAACCCACACAGGUGAGACACCGUAUUCUUGCAACACAUGUGGGAAAUCUUUUAGCCGGAACGAAGGCUUGAAAUUCCACAUGAGAAUCCACACAGGUGAGAAGCCGUAUUCUUGCAAAACAUGUGGGAAAGACUUUAUAACCAGCAAUCAAUUGCAAAUCCAUACAAGAAUCCACACAGGUGAGAAGCCGUAUUCUUGUGAAAUAUGUGGGAAAUCUUUUAGCCAGAGGUGUUACUUAAAACCACACAUGAGAACCCACACAGGUGAGAAGCCGUACCUUUGCAAGACCUGUGGGAAAAGAUUCAGAGAAAAUGCAGCAUUUAAACAACAUACGAGAAUCCACACAGCGGAGAAGCCGUAUUCUUGUGAAAUAUGUGGGAAUUCUUUUAUCCAGAGGAGUUACUUAAAACUACACAUGAGAAUCCACACAGGUGAGAAGCCGUAUUCUUGUGAAAUAUGUAAGAAUUCUUUUAGCUGGAGGAGUUACUUAAAACUACACAUGAGAAUCCACACAGGUGAGAAGCCGUAGCUAUGUGAGACCUACAGGACAAGAUUCAGUGACACUUAAGCUUUUAAAAAAACAUGUGAGAAGUCGUAUUCUUGUGGAACAUGUGGGAAAGCGUUCCGAGUUGGUGGUCAAUUGAAAAUUCCAAUUCCAUCCAUCACUUAGGGUUGUACUCACUUUUCCCCCAGCGGUUUAAACAUUAAUGGUUGUGUGAUGUGUUAUUUUGAGGGGACAGCAAAUUUACACUGUUAUACAAGCUGUACACUCAUUACUUUACAUUGUAGCAAAGUGUCAUUUCUUCA